AGAUAGGGGGAGCCCUGGUUGUAAACCAGCCGGGCUCUGGGAGGCGGGGCGUGCGCGGGGCACACCUAGGAAGCACACUCUACAGGCCGCAAGUGUGGGCAUGCUCCGCUGGGCGCGAGCGUGGAAGGUCACCCAUGGGAAGCUUGGCGCCUCCUCUCCCAGAUGCUUGGCGGUGCCUGUCGCCUUUAGUAGCGGCCGCAGUAGUGGCCAAGAAAACGCCGAUCCGAGGCCGCUGCCGCUGUCCUAUAACCUGCUAGAUGGAGAUGCGACCCUCCCAGCCAUCGUCUUUUUGCAUGGACUCUUCGGCAGCAAAACCAACUUCAACUCCAUAGCCAAGGCGAUGGUCCAGAGGACCCGCAGGAGGGUGUUGACGGUGGAUGCUCGGAACCACGGCGACAGCCCCCACAGUCCAGACGCAAGCUACGAGGCCAUGAGUCAAGACCUUCAGGGCCUCCUGUCACAGCUGGGCCUGGCGCCCUGCAUCCUCAUUGGCCACAGCAUGGGAGGGAAGACCGCCAUGCUUCUGGCACUGCAGAGGCCAGAUGUUGUGGAACGCUUGGUUGCUGUAGACAUAAGCCCAAUAGGAACCACACCUGGAUCAUAUCUCGGAAGCUACAUGGCAGCCAUGAAGGCGGUUGAUAUCCCGGAGAGGAUGCCGCACUCCCAGGCCCGAAAGCUGGUAGAUGAACAACUUAGCCCCACUGUCAAGGACCCGGCCAUUCGGCGGUUCCUGCUCACUAACCUGGUGGAGGUGGAUGGGCGAUUCUCCUGGAGAGUGAACUUGGAGACUUUAGCUCAGCACUUGGACAAGAUUCUGACCUUCCCGCAACAAUGUGAAUCCUACUCCGGGCCAACUCUCUUUCUGAUUGGUGGAAAUUCUAAAUACGUAAAACCCAGUCACCACUCAGAGAUUAGGCGUCUCUUCCCUCAAGCCCAGAUUCAGACCGUACCUAAUGCUGGCCACUGGGUCCACAGUGACAAACCCCAAGACUUCAUGGAUGCUAUCAGCAGCUUCUUGACCUAAGAACUGACUCUUUGAAAGAGCAGACAGGGAACGCAGGGCUUGGCAUCCUUGCAACCUGCCCUUUGCUUCUGCACAGAAAAACGCAGGUGGGCACCAAGAGGGCCCCGGGGGUACAGCGUGGUCCAACCCUUUAAUGAAUAAAGGCAGUUCUCUUAAA